AUGGCCAGGGGAGGAGCACUUGGACCGAAGGCGGUAUUGACCAUGUCGUCGGAGCUGAUGGCGCUUGGAGCCAAGCGCGAGCCAACUGGUGAGUCCAACGGUAGAGCGGCUGAUCACCAUGGGUCCAUCUUCGCCUUCUCUGAGGGCAGGGCCAUCAUGGGUCAGAAGAUGGGAGGUGGCAGCAUCGAUGUUUCUGUCUGGGGAACAGCGACAGAGGAGGAGGAGGAGGAAGAGGAGGAGGAGGAGGAGGAGGAGGAGAAAGAAGAAGUAGUAGAAGAGGCUAGUGUUCCCGUAGUCAGCCAGGCGGUGAAACAAAAGAUUUUGCAUGACUUCAACCAUUAG